ACAGUAAAAAAUGAAACCUAAGAGGCAAAGACUAUGCUCGUCUUUUUGAGCAGUGAGUACUAGCAGAAAGUCCGGCGGCAUCCAUCCUCCUCGCCCGGUUCCCCAACACAGAUCGCUCCUAUGAAUCACGACCACCCAUGUAAACUGGUCUCGAGUAAUUAGUGAAUUUCACAGAUAUAGAUCGGUAAUGAUGCUGUUGUGCUGCUGAGUUCUGUUCUAGGCCCAGUACUUACACGGCGUGCAGGUACGCAUUAAUUGGGGCUUCAUCAGAUGAGAGAUUUACAGAUAUCUGUUAUUUUCAUCUCAGUUAAAUUGUCGGAGCAACAUGGCUGUGCUAAAACACUGUGUGUCCUGGGAGCUAAAAGCCAAUGCAGCAUAAGGAUAUAGUGGUAGAAGAUACCAUGCACAAGAAUGAGAGGAAGAUUAGUGCCAAUUUUAGCAGCUUUGCAGCCGAUUUGGUUGAGGAGGUGUUUUCAAACCACAUCAACUUUACGGUCUUUUAGUAACCAAAUUAUAAAGUCCCCCUCUCUGUUAUCACUUGACCUUGCUGAUUCAUGGUCUUCUACAUCCAAGCAAUCUGACUCCUCACCUAUCCAAGAAAAUACAAACAACUGGACUGCUAAAAUAAUUGAUGGGAAAGCAAUUGCUGAGGGGAUAAGAUCUAGAAUAGCUUCUGAAGUAAGCAGAAUGAAGGAAUUAAUUGGUCAGGUUCCUGGAUUGGCUGUCAUAUUAGUGGGUCAACGAAGAGAUUCUGAAACAUAUGUGCGCAACAAAACUAUUGCAAGUGAAGAAGUCGGCUUCAAGUUUAAGAUGAUCGUCUUUCCCGAAAAUUGUACUGAAUGUGAAGUCUGCAAUGCUUUGUGUAGGUUUAAUGAGGAUCCAUCAAUUCAUGGUAUUCUUGUUCAGCUUCCCUUGCCACAGCUUGAACAGCAUUUGGAUGAGGCCAAAAUUCUGAAUGUCAUAAGCCUCGAGAAAGAUGUUGAUGGUUUCCAUCCUUUGAACAUUGGGAAUUUGGCCAUGCAAGGCAUGGAGCCAUUAUUCGUUCCUUGUACCCCAAAAGGAUGCAUCGAGUUGCUUCUGCAGUCUGGUGUUGAGAUCAUGGGGAAGAAGGCUGUGGUGAUUGGUAGGAGUAACAUUGUUGGUUUACCAACGUCCUUGCUACUGCAGAGGCACCAUGCUACUGUGACUGUUCUUCAUGCAUUUACAAAGAACCCAGAAAAAAUCGCCCGGGAAGCUGAUAUUUUAGUUUCAGCUGCUGGAGUGCCUAAUUUGGUCCGUGGUAGUUGGGUAAAGCCUGGUGCAGUUAUUGUUGAUGUUGGAACUAACCCCAUUGAGGAUCGGAGAAGUGAGCAUGGCUACCGCCUCAUUGGAGACGUAUGUUUCAAGGAAGCAACUAGAAUAGCUUCCGCAAUUACCCCUGUGCCUGGAGGAGUUGGACCAAUGACUGUUGCUAUGCUGCUUUGCAAUACCCUUGAGUCAGCAAAGCACGCCUUCAACUUUACUUAACAGCGUGAUCUGCGGUGCAUAUGUAAACCCAACGUGCGACCAAUCGCAUCAUAUUUUUUCUGGUUCUUUUUGGUGAUCAUAUUUUGCCUGGCUGCAUAUCUGGAAAACAGACAUGAAAAUAUGAGGAUGCUACUAUACACGUUCUUGAUGAUCCCUUAUCAUACUUUUCAAAUUUAGUGGCUAUCACUGUGUAAAAUAAUUAAUAUGAUCCAUAAUUUAUUGCCUUUUAACUUU